CUUCUGGGCGGUUGAUUCACUGCCCACAGGGAGACUGCUGAGUAGAGGCUUCCUCCCCGUGGAGAUUUGCAUACAGCAUCCACUUCCUGCUUUGAGAGCCUGCCCUACCACUUACCUGGGCCUGGAGAGGGCGAGGGAGGUCUGAGCGGCCCAUGGUGGAGCCCUGAUCGCAGAGCCAGCGACCACCCCUUGGGCAGGCCUGCCUGCGGCCAUCUUAGAAACUAGAAUGAAUCGAAGCAUUCCGGAGGAGGUUGAUGAAUCAGAGCCAUUCCCGAGUCAGUUGCUGAAACCAAUCGCAGACCCUUCCCUGGAAGAGGAAUUGGAACCACCUGCCCCAAAUACAAGGAACAUGGCACCCAGCAGCCUGUCUGCACUCCAGUGCCCUUCCCUGAAACUUGCGCAUCACCAGCCCGUGUCACAGCAAGUUGCCUGCCUGCGCACCAAAGUCCUGGAGGAGAGCGAAGCCAGUUUCCUUAGAAGGCACCCUGAUCCCGGCAGAGAUGUUCCUUGGUGCUCGUCUGAAGCCAGCGAGGCUGAGGCUGAGUCUGCGCUCGGAGCUCUUCCUCCAUACUGCCGCUUUACGCUUACGGAGAAACACAAUAGAUGGCUGGGAUCUCAGCUUUCGGCAGCUUCUCCCGACACUGGCCAUGACUCAGACAAUUCGGACCCAAGUUUCCCUAAUGCUUUGGCAGACUCCUCCAUUGGUGGCCAAGAGACGAUGACCCGGCCCCGGCCUCAGCCCCCAAGGAACAGAGCAGCAGCCCCAGAUGUGCCCACGAUAGACACCGGGUAUGAUUCUCAGCCCCAAGAUGUCCUGGGCAUCAGGCAGCUGGAAAGGCCACUGCCCCUCACCUCCACAUGUUACCUGCAGGACCUGCCUGGGCCUCUGAGGUCCAGGGAGUUCCCUCAGUUUGAACUUCAGAGGUAUCCAGCGUAUGGGCAGAGGCUGCCUCUCAGCCCUUCCCCGCAAGCGCCAUGGAACUAUCAGUACCAUUGUCCGGGAGGGCCCUAUCACCAGGUGCCAUAUGGUCAUGGCUGUCCUCCAGCAGCCCACCAGCAAGUCAUCCAGCCUGCUCUGCCCGGGCAAGCCCUUCCUGGGGCAAGGGUGAGAGGUCUGUACCCUGUGCAGAAGGUCAUCCUGAAUUACCCCAGCCCCCAGGACCAAGAAGAGAGGCCUGCACAGAGAGACGUCUCUUUCCCAAGGCUCCCAAGGGACCAGCUCUACCACCCAACAUCUAAUGGAGCUGAAGCUCCUGACCAGUCCUUGGACCAUUCUGCAGAGCUGAGACCACAAGGUCCCUGGGCUGCCUCCCCACCAGCUGUGCCUAGACCCCCAAGCAACCCCUUAGCCAGAGGAACUCUGAAAACCAGCAAUUUGCCAGAGGAAUUACGGAAAGUCUUUAUCACUUAUUCUAUGGACACAGCCAUGGAGGUGGUGAAAUUUGUGAACUUUUUGCUGGUGAAUGGCUUCCAAACUGCAAUUGAUAUAUUUGAGGAUAGAAUCCGAGGUAUCGAUAUCAUUAAAUGGAUGGAGCGCUACCUUCGAGAUAAGACAGUGAUGAUAAUCGUAGCAAUCAGCCCCAAAUACAAACAGGAUGUGGAAGGCGCUGAGCCGCAGCUGGACGACGAUGAGCAUGGCUUACACACGAAGUACAUUCAUCGACUGAUGCAGAUUGAGUUCAUAAAUCAAGGAAGCAUGAAUUUCAGAUUCAUCCCUGUGCUCUUCCCAAAUGCCAAGAAGGAGCAUGUACCUACCUGGCUGCAGAACACUCAUGUGUACAGCUGGCCCAAGAAUAAGAAAAACAUCCUGCUGCGGCUGCUCCGAGAGGAAGAGUAUGUGGCUCCUCCCCUCGGCCCCCUGCCCACCCUUCAGGUGGUACCCUUGUGACACCAGCCAUCUCCAGCUCAGUGCCCCAGUGCCUGUCCGCACAACAUUCUUCUGGCUGAGGCUGGUUGCUGGCACUCAGGCCUGUUUCAGUGUCUCGUAGGGGGCAUUCAGGCCCCAGAACACCUCUUCUACAGGGUUCUCUGCCUCCUAACACAUUGGCUGCUCUGCUCUGUAUUUCCUGCCUUAAACACACACACACACACACACACACACACACACAGAGAGAGAGAGAGAGAGAGAGAGAGAGAGAGACACGUGCACACAAGUGGCCAUGUCCGCCUGAGUCUGAAUUGUUCAUGCUGGGCCUCCAGUACGUUAGUAAGUGGCCACUACAAGGGAUGGCAGCAAACGCCUAUGACCACAAACAUUCUCCUCUCCUCUCACAUUCUCCAACUCACUGCUGUGAGCUGGCCAGAUGCUGUGUGUCCUUAGACCACUCUGAUUCGUGCUCAAAUAAUAAAAUUCUUUGUAAGAACGUG